UGUCGCAUCCUUGACGUAGUCUGUGGUUUUAAAACCCAUGCAAUAUUAUCACAACGCACAUAAUAUAAGGAGAAUAAUUUUUUAUUAAGUUAGUCAAACGUAACGAUACACCGCAAGUUAAAAUAUGGCGAGUAGGCAAAAUUCUGCAAAAAACCGUCGAGGAGGACAAUAUUCUGUUGCUGGUUGGCCCAACGGAAAAAGUUGUACAAACAGUCAACACACAGAGGGUGUCUCAGUACAUGGUUUCCCCAUGAAUGACAAGGAGAGGCUGAGUAAAUGGACAAAAUUUGUUAGGACACAUAGGCCAAAAUUCGUUCCUCAGCAGUACUCUGUGCUAUGUUCAAUGCAUUUCGCAGAUUCUGCAUUCACCGAGAACGCAACAGUUGCAAAAUCGCUAAACAUGAGACGACAAUUGCGCUCUGAUGCUGUUCCAACCAUAGACUCUGUAAAAGGCAUUUCAAUCCAAGGUGAUAAGAGCAAUCGCGACCGCAGAGUUGUGUUGCGUGAAGUAACACGAAGUGUAAAAGAUGUUGAACCCGCUGUUAAACAUACUGAUGAUGAAGGGCAUUCUGACGAGUGUAACACAACAGAAAGCGUUGAUAGUGAACCAGUUAGAGAGGAUUCACCAGAACCGCUGCCAAAACAAGAGCAAGUUGAAAUGUGCAGUAGAUGCGACAUACUUGCCAAAAAAGUUACAAAACUACGAAAGAAACUUGGUUAAAAAAAUCAAAAAAAAGGCUAAGCGACAGUUUAAU